AGACACGAUUUUAAUUAUACAAUCGCAGGUGCGCGCGUGUGUCAUUGGGUAAAUUCGCGCGCAUCAUAUGGCGCGCCACGUGAUUAUAACGCGCAUGCGCGAGUACACAUGUAAAACGCAUGCGCGGAUUUUAAUAUCGCGCGUGCGCAGUUUUAAGUUUAAAUAAUUUAUGCAAGUCGUAGCCUGAACAGCAGCACGUGAGUUAUCUCUUCUGUAAAUCGAUUUUUUUACGGGGGGUUAGAAAACACCCUUUUUAUUAUUGUUAAAUUAUAUGAGUUUGAUUAGAUACAUGUAUAUGUAUAUAUAAAUGUAUACAGAUGUAGACUGAUGACAUAAAUGUAUGUAUGAAUCUAUAGAUUGGGUAAUGCGGGUCAGUUUAUCUAGCUUUUUAUUCAGCUAUUGUUCUGCAAGUGUAAGUAAUAUCACGUGUCGAUGUGAAUACAGCUGGGGGAUAUAAUAUACGUUUAGGUUGGGUGGAUCUUGUAUUUAAAAGUAUAUUAUUAAGUAGGGGGUUUACGAUAUUAUAAAACCCUCGAUGUUUAUACUGAGUUUUUAAGGGGUAAAUUGACAAUUCAAGUGCACGCCUAAAUAUGAUUAUCUAUUGUAUUGAGGGAUUAUUGAUGAAAAGAAAUCGAGUUUGUAUUGGUAAUAUCGGACAGAGUGUUAGAAGUAUAUUUGUCAACCACUUUAAAUUAAGUCAGUUUAUCGCAAAUAAUAAUUCAAGUUAUAAAAAUGAAUUUAAUUUAAACAAUACGCAUUUAAAAUCUAUUUGUAAUUAUUUUAUCGAACGAAGAUUUUCAAAUAAAAAAAAAGAUUUUAGUAAUAUUAGUUUCAAGAGUCACAGUAGCAAUAUUUUGAGUGUACCGUUAAAAAAAAGACCGGUUAGGAAGCGGAAAUUGGUAUUUGAUGAUGGAGUGAUUCCUCCGCCGGGCUUUUGGAGCAUCAAAGCCUUAGCGACGGCAGAUGAGUAUGAUUUAGACGGGCUUCUGAAAGAACUUGUAGUCCAAGAUUUAUAUACUCCGAAAAAAAUAAAUACUUCUACUAAAUAGAAAGUUUUAGCAAGGCUUAAAUCUAAGGGAGAUCGAUUGAUAAGUUUUUUUUCUGCGUCAGUUGGAAAAAACCUUUUGAGAAAAAGGUGUUUAAAGUUUAAAGUAUACUGCGGCAUUCGAAUACAAGUCUACGAGCUUCAGAAAUUGAAAUAUUGACAAGUUAAUGAAAAUAUAGGAGUGUAUUUAUAAGAGUUUAUAAAACCCAAAAUAUUUAUUUUAUUAUCAAUAAAAAAAAAAAAAAAAUCAUUAAUAAUUUAUAUUUUUUUAUAUCUUCAAUUUGCAGACGCUAAGUUAUAAAUGAACCAUGUCUAAUAUAUAUUUCA